UUAUGCCUUAAAUGAUAAAUCUAUGACCACACUAUAGAGAGUAGAGAGAGACAAGGCUCACUCCGAAGCUUGGAAGUUAAAAGACAGAGACAGAGGCAACCUUGUUUCAGUUGGUUGGUAUCAUACCAUGGGACAAGUCUUUGACAAGUUAGAGGGUAAGGAGUGGAGGCAAAGGCAAAUAAGGAAGAUAACAGAUCGAGUUUUUGACAAAGUAAAGAAUCAAAUAGAAACUGAUAACUUGAGUUUUGAAGAUCUCUAUAUUGCUGUUUUACUUGUGUACAAUGAUAUCAACAAGUAUAUACCUGGUCCCCAUUUUGACCCUCCAUCAAAAGACAAAGUCAGAGAAGUCAAACAGAGCUGUGAUAUCAACCUCGAUGGUGAUAUUGACCGUGAUGAAUUUUAUGAUUUCAUCCUGAUAAUGACAGCUGAUACAUUCACUAUUGUUAGCCAAAAACUUAUUCUCACAUUGGUUGUAGCACCAACAGUUGCAGUGGCAACAAAGAAAGCUACUGAAGGUGUUCCAGGUGUUGGGAGACUGGUGCAAAAGAUACCGAAUUCAGUUUAUGCUUCCCUCGUGACAAUUGCAGCUGUGUGGUUCCAAAAAAAGGCUCAGAGUUCUCCACUGUAGCCAUUGCUCAUCAUGUGUUUCACACAGAAAGAUAGAAUUCUCUUGAUUGUACACAUAGGAUUGAAACUGUUUCCAUAUUAGUUGAUAAAAAAACAAUUGUUGUGUUUUACAUUUUGGACAAAAGACCAACUCUUGAUUUUUCUGUCCAGUUAUGCUAUGCAUGUAAAUAAACUGUCUUCAAUAAAAAUUGUAUACAAUUUAUUAUAUGAAAUUAUUUCCUUUCCAUUA